AUGAAAAAUGUGGAACAGUUAUUUCCUCAAUUUGAGGUAGUUAACAUAGUUAAAUAAAACCAAUAUAAGAAGUCACUCAUUGUGAAAAGAAGUGGUUAUUAUUACAUGUUGAGAAUAUUCACAUUAGAAGGCAUUCCAAAGGAAAGAGUACAAAGUAUAAUAAAAAUACUUUCUAAAAUAUCAAAUCAAAAAAGUCCACAUAUUGUUAAGUUUUAUGAAGCCUCUCUGGAUUAAGAUAUGAAUUAUUUAGGGUAUUGGCAUAAAUUGAUUAUUAGAAUAGUCAGCGAUUAUUUAGAUAAAUAGCCUGAAUAUCCAAUGCAGGAAAGAGAUAUUUGGAAGGCGAUAUAAGAAAUAUCCCAAACAUUAUAAUUAUUUCAUCCGAAAAGAGUUCAUGGGAAAUUGUAAUUAUCAAAUUUGUUUCAAAAUCAAAAAAACACUAUUCUUGGAGAGAUGAACAUACUUUAUUACUUACAUUAACAUAGUUAUACUGAUGCUUACUUAUUGGCUCCAGAAUUCAUCAGGACACAAAUCUAUGAUUAUAAAUCAGAUAUUUGGAUGUUUGGAUACAUGUUGUAUUAGAUGAUGUUCAAGGAUCCAUUAAUAGUAGCCAACAACACUGAUGUUUUGCACAAGAAAAUUCUUAAGGGAAUCCAUAUAACAUACAAUCCAAACUAUAGUCUUAAUUUAAAUAAUUUGUUAAGGUUGAUGUUGUGUUAUGAUCCUGAACUCAGACCUAAUACCGAGCAAAUCUCAAACUAUUGUACAUAAGCCUUGGUCUCUUAAGAAGAAAUCAAUUUGAAUAGAAUUCUACCCAAAUUUAAAACUGAUAAAUUAGUAUUACAUAAAAGGAGGAUAGAAAAACAACACAAACCAGUUGAGAAUAUUGUAUAUCUAAGUGAAGAUCAUUACAAAUAGCCAUACUUUCCACCUUCUAAGGUAAGGAAACAAAACAAGAAAUCUCAAUCGAAACAACUGACCUCUGCCUCGGAUUUUCAUCACACUCUAAAAUCUAUGCAUUCUUUGUCUUUGCCAAAAGUAAUGAACUAUUAAUUCAGUGCAUUAAAAAUCAAGGAUAGUCUUGACCAUCUGGAUAUUCUUUAAACUAAAUCUCCUAUUCAGAAACUAUAGAUCGAUAGCUUGAUUAAACUUUAAAAAAAUAUCGUCAAUGCAACUCAAAGGAAUUAAAUUGCAUUUAAUCAAUAAGAGUAAAUGAACAAAUAAAAAAGUCAAAGGGUAUUUUUUUGA